AUGGCGGCGCCGGUGCAGCGGCACCGAGCGCGGUACAAGAGCCCGAGCGGGCCGCCAUGGAGGGAGACGUACCGCAGGCGCUGCAUGGAGCGGCUGAGGAACAGCAGGGCCCAGCUGCUGGACCGGUACCGCCAGGCCGGGGACAGGGCGUGUGCGGCGGCCCCAGGAGCGCUGCUGGUACAGGAGGUGAUGGAGCAGGAAUGGCAGGAGCUGCGGGACAGGCUGCCCGGCCUCGGCGGAGAUGAGCCCAUGGAGCAGAUGCUGGAGGACCCUGAUGAGCUGGCAGUGCUGGAAGAGAUCCAACAAGAAUUGAUUUUGCAAGAGCAGUUGGUUAUCGAGGAGUAUGAGCGGAGCCUGCGCUUCGAUGAGGAAUGUCUCAACGCCAUGCUCGACGGCCUGGAUGCCACUGACAGGGUCAUCUGCCCAGUAUGUAGGAAGAAUAACCUGACUGUGAAGGCUCACUUGGUUUGUUGCCAGUGUGGACUGUACAUCAGCACACAGGAUAUGACAGAAGGGAAGCUUCGGUCGCUUCUGGAAAGCACCCUGACAGAGCACAGUCAGAGGUGCUUGCACAGCCCUGAGUUCACAGUCACCAGUGGCAUGGAGGAGGAAGCCAGUCUGCUCAUGAGCUGCCCGGUCUGUGACUCCUGGAUGAUUCUCCUUUAAGGUGAUUCAGCUGCUGAUUUACUUCUGGAAAACUUCAAUACUAAACUUCACCCAGAGCUGCUAGGACUCUUGUGUACAUACUUCUAACUGCUGUGUCAAAAAGACACUUGAGAAGGCAGUAGUAUUGCCUUGACCUGCACUUUUAAUCACACAGGACAUGUUUUGAAAUAAAUAUAUUUAGUUUA